AUGAAGACUGCUGGAGACAAGCACUCAGCCGCUCAGAACGUGGAACCCGAUGAUGCUUUGGUGCCAUUGCUGGAACAAAGGACGCCCAGUGUGCCAAGAUGGAAUCCUCCCCAGGCUGCGUUCAGCGGUGUGCCUAGGAUGGCAUCUGCAUUGCCGAUGCAGCGCCUUUGUCCAUAUUGUGGGAACCACAUCCUCACAGUGACCACCCCGGUCCCGGGGGUCCUCACCUGGAUGCUGUGUACAGGCCUCUUUGUGUUUGGGUGUUUCCUGGGUUGCUGUCUCCUCCCUUUCUACAUGGACAGAUUCAUGGAUGUGAAGCACACAUGUCCUGUGUGUGGGCAUAUACUCUUCCACUACCAUCGCCUGGGAACCUCCGUGAAAUAA